AUGUUCUCUUAAGGUAAUAUUACUUAGCGAGAGAACACAGAUAUUUCAAUCUCAUAAUCUUAAACAAAACUUGAUUCUAAUAUCCAUUAAUAAAAGUUAAAGAGUGAUUCUAGCUUAGGCGAAGAAAGAUCAAAAAUUGUAAGCAAUAGUAGCAUAUAAAUAGAAAAAUAUAAAAAGGACUCUUCAGAAUAGCUUAAAAUAAUUGAUGAUUAGGAUAAUGGAAUUAAAUAAAAGCUUGUUAGCAUUAAUCAUAAAACAUAAAAAUCAAGUUCAUUAAUAGAUAGAUCAUUAUCAAAAAUAAGAAUUAAAAGUUAAAUUUAAUCAGAUGAGAGUGAAGAAGGAUUUGAGGACUCUUAAGAAUUGAAAAAAAGUAUUGAUUCAGUAACAGAAGGAUAAGUAAAAAAUACUACUGGAGAUGAGUUUUCAAUUUAAAGUAUCAAAAUAUUGAUUGACAAUCGCUAAAAAAAUUUUUAUUUUAGAUACAGAAACAAGAGUCCGCAAAAAGUAAACAGACAGAUUACCUCCUCCUCCACUAAUAGACUAAUAAUAUUCAUUAGUACCUGA